UAAGAUCAGGACAGAGAUUAUACAAGGCUGGGUUGGGUAUACAUAUGUGACACCAGGGGGACAGAUGACACAGAGGAGGCGGUUUGUCUCACCCCCUGUUUUGUGUGUGUUCUUGUUUUCAGUUCAACAAUGUGCCAACAGCGAUGCACACCAGGCACCUGGAGGUGAGGCUGGCUCCUGUUGGAUUAUUCAAAGGAAAGAUGAUUUACGGAGCUCCAGGAGACAGAGUUCCUUCUCCAGUGAACGUCCACAACUCAGAAAAGAGGAAACAUGAGAGCCAGCAGGAUGAUGAGAGGCCUUACGUCCCGAAGCCACCCAACGCCUUCAUGCUUUUCAUGAAGGAGCAGAGGCCGUACAUUCUGGCCACCCACAAAUCCACUGACUCUGCCACUGUCAGCAUGAUUAUUGGAAGGAAGGUAUGUGUCUUUGCUCUGUAGGUUUGAGACUCAGUGUCACACAAACUUCAUCAGACAGUGUCUGAGACCACACUUCUAAAACCUUCCUCUAACUUUAAUCUUGACAGUAAGUUUUAUUUCUGUGCAUUAUUUGUUACUUAUUUUCACUUUACAAGAGAACAGAUCUAAGGUUUCAAUACAGGACCUAUACCGACUCAUGCAGAUCUAUGUGGAUUA